AUGACAGCAAUUCCAAUUUGUCCGCAGCUUCUUCUUAAGGAGCGUCAGAAGUUUCAUGUGAUUGCUCUGCAGGAGACCAAGUGCAGAAGAAGCGACGUACGACAGGUGAAUGAUGGUACACUCAUCAUUCGUGUAGAGAAUGUUCCGUCGCGAAAUGUAGGCGGUGUUGCUUUUGUUGUGCACCCAUCUGUCGCCCAUCUUGUCGGUUCUCACGAGAUCUUGUCACCUCGUCUGGUCAUUCUUCGCCUCGGCUCUCUGCGCCAAAGACCCAUCAGCAUCAUCAACUGCUACUCACCAACAUCAGCAGCUGAUGAAUCCGAAAUGGACGAGUUUCACGAGGAGCUGGAGGAAAUGAUCCGCAACGAGAAGUCCUACCUUGUCUCUCUUGUCCAAGACUUUAACGCAAAACUAGAAAAGACUAUAGAAGAGGAGUACAGGAUCGGAAGAUUUGGACUAGGGACCGGAAUGAAAAUGGCAUUCGUCGCUCCGGGCUGUUGUCCGCCGCUCGCCUCUUUUAUAGGAACUCUCUUUUCAUUAAGAAAGAUUAUCGUCGGUGGACAUGGGAAUCGCCCAAUCACGUGCGGAGAUCGACCACAUACUCACCAACGGAAGGAGGUGUCUUCUCGACGUCUCGCGAAAAUACGACGUAGCCACACGAUGGAAAAGAACAUCUGCUUUCGGCAACGAAUGAGAAAAGAAGUCGUCUACGACGAUUGCUACUCGAGGACUCCUUGUCUCAAGGCUGCAUUGGAGAAGACUCAGUUCAUGAAGAACGCCUACUGUGAGGACGGAGGAGCACAACUUGAAGGCUCCCAAAUCGUGGAAACUUCAUACGUAUAUCUUGGACGUUCUAUGAACAUGGAAAACGAUUAG